AAAUCCCAUCCUGACAGGCAGUCGUCGCUUGCUGGAAGGCUUCCCUGUAUGGAGGGAGGCGACGCCGUGUGUCAAUGGGACGGACUUGCAGCUAAUGGGAGGACAGCUAAGGGGAAGGUUUAUUAUUUUUUUUUUUUUCGUGAAACAGAAGGGGACGGCUUGUCAAAGCUUUAGGGGCAGGUGUAGCUGAAUCUCUGCAUUCUCCAUCUGCUUAUCACUCCUCAACCAUCAGCCUUAUAGGACCAGGAGAAUGGAGGCUCCACUGCUUGUCAUCCUAUGCAGCCUAUUGUUGGCGGGGGCUGAAGAUUGCCCCACGGGUCAGUACACCAAGAGUGGAGAAUGCUGUAAAGCCUGCGGAUCUGGAGAGGGUGUCGCACAACCAUGUGGGGUGAACCAGACUGUCUGUGAACCCUGCCUUGACAGUGUAACCUAUUCAGACGUGACCAGUCACACUGAAGCUUGUAAGGCUUGCACAGAAUGCCACGGCAACAAGCGCAUGUCAGUGCCCUGCGUGGAGACCGAUGACACUCUGUGCGCUUGUGCUUAUGGAUACUACCAGAGCGAGGACAGCGUAGAAUGUCUACCCUGCAAGACAUGUCGUGUGGGAUACGGUAUGGUCCUACCGUGCGCUACGAACCAGAACACUGUGUGCGAGAAAUGUCCCGAGUGGACCUUUUCGAAUGUGGACAACAACAUGGACCCUUGUCUGCCAUGCACGAUCUGUGAGGAGGAUGAGAUCACAGAGACAGACUGCACCUCGACAGUCGAUACAGUAUGCUACAAUCCCAAUCCACGUUUGGCAUCGGUGACCCCGUUUACUCUCAGCGCGGAUACCACCAUUCAGGACAGCACUUUGACAGACAUGGAGACGGUCAAUCCAACUACUGAGGGUACUGAACCAAUAACUCCUAGUGGAGCAGCCGAGAACCUCAUCCCUGUCUAUUGCUCCAUUUUGGCAGCUGUUAUUGCAGGAUUGGUGGCUUUUAUAGUCUUUAAACGGUGGAACAGCUGUAAAAAGAACAAACAAGGGGGUAACAGUCAUCCGGUGAACCAAACCCCAUCUCCUGAAGGCGAGAAGCUCCAUAGUGACAGUGGCAUCUCUGUGAAUAGCGACAGCACGGCUGAGCAGCCUGCAGGACACACGCAAGGCAAGAACGAUCAUCAUCUAUACAACAACCUUUCACCACAUAAGCAAGAAGAGGUGGAGAAGCUUCUGUGUGGGUCGUUGGAUCAGACUUGGAAAAGUCUGGCUGGAGAACUUGGCUACCAGGAUGAGAUCAUAGACUCUUUUACUAGAGAGGAGUUUCCAGUACGAGCAUUGCUUUCGGAUUGGUCCAACAAGGACUGUGCCACGACUGAUGCCCUAUAUUCAGCUCUACGCAAAAUUCAAAGGGAGGACAUCGCCCAGAGCUUGUAUAGCGACUCUACUGCUACCUCACCAGUGUAAUCUAGAUGUAGUGGGACAGAAGGAAGAUGUUCCAUUCUGAAAUACUCAAGUGGAACAUUCCGCACGAGAUGUGAAGGAAAGUUUGCCCCUCAAUCCUGAAAUACCCAACCCAGCUACCCUUUUUACCCAGUAUUAACGGACAAUCCGUCUGCACUGAAGCAUUAUUUUCAGUAUUGUGGUGUAUAUUCUUCUCUAUGGACUUUUCAUGUCCUGUAUCUCCAGGUUUCUCACUGUGAUGGACCAUAAGACUUUGAGUUGAUAGGGAAACGUGAACUAUGAAUCUUCAGAUGUUGCUUUGAGAAUUCAAAGGUGCACCCACCUUCUUCUAUAGUCAGUCUUUUUUUUUUUUAUCUAGAUUUUUCUAUUGUUUUAUAGGCCUCGAAUGGUGACCCCCCUCCCCCAUAACCCAAAUGGCUGCUACCCUAUAGAGAGGUUGUUGACUGUGUCGUCAUGGUACUGCAAAAAGGAAUCCUGUUUUUUUAUAGUUGUAUCUCACUCAGACGGGCCAUAUUUAACCCAAAGAUUCAUGACCGAAUAUGGACACAAAUCUCUCCCAGUAACAUGCACCCACCUUGGGCAAUGUAGAUGUAGCCAUUUUGUACAAGUCAAUGUAGAGCCCUUAGGAUUACUAGCAUAUUGUGUGUCAAGCCUCAGUGAUGUCAUCAGCUCCAAGACAACAUUGGCAGCUUCCACUAUGUAGAGGGAAUGGGUAGACUCUAAACCUUUUGUACAGAUUCAGCAUGACGUUACCCAUAAUUCAGAUAACGCAAAAACAGCCUAUAGGAUGAGUCGGCCAUAGUUUUCUAAAAACCAAGAAAAGUCCAAAGGUAUAUGAAAGCAUAGAAAUGUGCAAUGAACCACCAGUAUUGCAUAAUGUGGACAAUUAUUGUAUAUACUCGAGUAUAAGCCGACCUGAAUAUAAGCCGAGGCCCCUAAUUUCACCCCAAAAACCCAGGGGAAAAAAAAAAAAAAAAAAAAAAAAAAAAGUUAUUGACUCGAAUAUAAGCCUAGGGUGGGAAAUACAUCAUCCCCCCAUGUCAUCAUCCCCACCCAUGUCAUCAUUCCCCCUGUCAUCAUCCCCCCCCCGUCAUCAUCCAGACCCCCGUCAUUAACACCCCCGUCAUUAUCUACCCCGUCAUCAUCACACUGUCAUUUUCACCCCCGUCAUCAUCACCCCGUCAUCAUCUCCCCCCCUUCAUCAUCACCCCGUCAUCAUCACUCUGUCAUCAUCCCCCCCCCCCUUCAUCAUCACCGCCUAUCAAUCGCCUCAGUGGUCUUCAACCGGCGGACCUCCAGAGGUUGCAAAACUACAACUCC